AGUUGACAUUGUGGUAAAAACUAUUCGAUUGUCCUUAAUUUUGUAAUUCAAAUUAAUUUUGGAAUCAAUCCAUUUAAAUUGAAUGAAGAUAUUGAAAGAGUUAUAUAUCAAAAAACAGUAGAACAAAGGAAUAUAGUAUUUAAACUGUCCCUUAAGAUAUUCUCAGUUUUAUUAUCGUUUUCUAAAUAAUUCCUAUUUGUCUUUAAAAAAUGCCUAACCAUUUAAUUUUUUGCAUUUAGGGUUGCCAGUAACCCGGGUAAAAUUAGAACGUCAAAAAUUUUGAAGUUGGAAGAGAAUGUACAUACCUGAUUGAAAAUAUUUUAUUUGUUUAUAUGCUUAAAAUUGUGUACGUUUAUAAUCAUAAUUAUGGAAUAUUCGGCAGAUAAUUUGGAAAAAGCUGUUACUUUAUUUUAUCGAACAGAAGCAGUCCAACAAGCAGAAGCACAUCAGUGGUUAACAGAAGCUCAAAAUUCUCCUCUGGCCUGGAGUUUUGUCUGGGAACUUCUUAAUCCACAUAGAAGCCCAGAAGUACAAUUUUUUGCUGCUACAACACUUCAUACAAAAUUAAUGAAGCACUGGAAUGAAAUUCCUGAAGAUCACUAUGAGAUAUUAAAAAAAAGAAUUUUAGAUUAUAUAAUUAGUUAUGCAAAUGGUCCUAAAAUUGUUUUGAAUCGCCUCUGUAUUGCAUUAUCAGCUUAUAUCAUUCAUACAGUUCCAAAUCACUGGCCCGAAGCAUUUGAAGAACUAGUUUCUAGCUUUCAACCACAAUAUUUACCAAAUGUCGAACCAGAAAGGGUCAUUUGGAUUCUUUUAGAAAUACUAACUGUGAUACCCGAAGAGUUUCAAAGAACCACUUUAGCUUUAAAUCAAAGAAAUAGCGUGAGAAAUGUUCUUCAAAAAGUUUCAAAGGAUAUAAUGAAAGUUGUAGAAAUGUGCUUGAUGCCUAUACCAGAAGCUGGCUUUAAUAUGGGAAACUUAACAACCUACCUAAAUGCAUCUAGAUGUGCUUCAGCAUGGAUACAGUUAGGUGGAGUGUACAUUCUCGAUUGUACAUCCAUUAACAAUCUAUUAAUAGAUCUUACAUGUUUCGUAUACUGGAAUAAAUCUGAUCCAGAAGGAUUGUCUUGUGAUGAAAUGGAUCUAAUUGAAAUAACUGUAGAAGCGUUAACAGCAGUUUUCCAGUUGUCACAUGCCCAUCAAUACAAAUCAUAUGUAUUUAAGUAUGCAGCUCAAAUCCUUCCUAAAUUUGACAAAAUCUUGGAUGUUGAAAGGAAUCAACAAGAUAUGAAUAAAGAUGUUGUGGCAACAUUGUAUGGCUUAGUAAUUACAAUGGGAGAUGCACAUUCAAGAAUAUUUAUUGAUAAUUUGAAAUCUGAAAAUCCAGAGUGCCGACAAGUUAGUUUUGAUUUAUUAAAUUUUGUGUUGAAAUGUUCAAAUUUGCCAGGAUUUUAUCCUAUAGAUGAGUCUAGCAGUACUCUCACUUUUGGAUUUUGGUACACAUUACAGGAAGAUAUAUUAUCUUUAGACACUCCCGAAUGUGCUUCUUUAAUGCUUAUGAUAAAACCAUAUUAUAGAGAUUUGGUCUGUAUAAUGUUAAGAAAAUCGAUGUUUCCUUUAGUUGAAGAUAGUAACUGGACUCUAGAAGAUAAAGAAAUGUUCCGUUGUUAUAGGCAAGAUAUAGCAGAUACUUUUAUGUAUUGUUAUGUUGUCCUCAAUUUGGAAAUGCUAGAUAUUUUAAUGACAAAACUCAAUGAGGCUUUGCGAAUUGACAACUCUAGUGUAGCAAUACAAUGGAAUGAGGUAGAGACAGUACUUCAUGCUUUUGGAGCUGUAGCUGAAAGUAUCGAAUAUGAAAAUUUGUAUUUACCGAAAUUAAUGUCUACAAUAAAAGAUAUUCCUUUCAAGAAUUUACACGUCAGGGUAAUGGCAACUGCAUUGGAUACUGUGGGUGCUUUUUCCGAAUGGUUCAUGGACCAUCCGGAUUUAUUGGAAAACAUUUUCCCGUUAAUAUUAUCGGGGCUGAAUAAUCCAGAAGUGUCAACUAAUGCUACAAUGGCAUUGAAAGACUUUACACAAAAUUGUCAAAAGUAUUUAGCGCCAUAUGCAGACCACAUUCUUCUAACAUCGCAGGUCGUUUUACAAAUUGGUAGUCUAAAACUUGCUGAACGUAAAAGACUGAUGUAUAGUAUAGGAAGAGUAUUAAGUACAUUAUCUGUCGAUAGAAUAAUGUUUUACCUAAACAUGAUAUUAGAAUCUUCUUUCGAAGAUCUACAAAAAUGUAGUGAAGCCCAACCAAGCCCAGCAGUAAGUAAUUCUCUGGUGACACGAUUAAAACUUAUAUCAGCUCUGUUCAGUUCUUUACAUAUUGAAGAUGGCGAAAAGAAAGUUGAACAGCCUGUAUUGGUUGUAAUGCAGAAGAUGAUGCCACUUUUUAGGACAAUAGGCGAGAAAUACUGUCGAAAUGUUGAAGUCAUGGAGGAUUUAAGUAUAGUAUUCAAAUACGGAGUAUCAACUCUCAAAGAUGACUGUAAACCUUUAAUAAAUGAUAUUCUUCAACUGAUAGUAACUAUUUAUAGAGAAUGUCCCCAACCUAAUGUUUUAAUUGUAGCAAAAACAGUUUUGAUACUUUUUGGAAAAGAAGACGAUUGCUGUACAUUAAAUCAACAACUUCUUUUUGAACUAAGUAACACUACAAUGCAAAUGUGUGCCCAGUUCAACGCUACUAACCAACUUUCCGAUAAAUCAGAUGUUUUAGACGCUUAUUUCGCAAUGUUAGCAGCUCUAGCUAAAAAAGUACCCCUCCUUAUCACUUCUUGUGGAAUUGAUAUUGCCGCCCUAUUCCAAUGUGCAAUUUUAUGUCUAGUAUUACCAGAAAUUCAGGCGUUGAAACAAAUCUCUAGUUUUUUAGUACAAUUUAUCACACAAAGUAGAGAGACGUCUUUGGCUCAAGUGAUACAAGCCUAUGGAGAAAGUUUAGUUUUAAGGAUAUUAAUGAAUUUAGGAACGACAGCUCCCAGAUCUUCGGUAGACAUUUUUAGUGAUAUUUUAUUAGCUUUGAAUAAAAAAUACUGUGAUAACUUGAGUAGGUGGUUGAACGCCCUUUUGUCCCAAGAAGGAUUUCCGUCUGCUAAAAUUAGCGCACCUCAAAAAGAUGCAUUUAUUAAAUCAAUACUAAGGGAGAAAACUAGUAAAAGGAAAGUGCGAGAUACAGUAUUAGAAUUCACUCUAAUUUGUAAAGGAAUACUCAAACCUGAAUAAAUUUAUAAAUAUAUAUAGGCUUUUACUUCCAAUGGUAUCAGAAUUCCAUCGUCAUCAUCCAUAUAACCAUAGUAAUCUGCAUCAAUAUCUUUCAUUAGUUCUGCUCUACUUUUCCUUGGAGGAGGUGGAGGUUCCUGCUCAAAAAGUUCUCGAACUCCUUAAAAUAUUAGCAUAAGUUAAAAAUUUCAAUUAUAUAUUUCAAACUAUAUUGAUAAUUUCUCACUAUUUAUGAUAUUGCUGAAAUUUUGUAAUUGCCCUAUUUUUUUAUGUUUAAAAGUUUCAGUUGAUUCGUUACCAUAGUUUAAGUUGUAUAGACUGUCAAUGAUUAUGAAAUAACUCUAAAAGUUCGAUAUUUCUAACUAAUUUUAUUUGAUAUGAAUUAUGUAUAUAUACAUACUAUAAAUUCAAACUUUAGAAAGGCAAAUUUGUAAUUAAAGAUAUUUUUCGUUUUUUCCUUUGUUCAUAACGUUUUUAUGUUUGACGGUAGCUUAUAGCUUAAUAUUGUAUUAUUAAGUUUCUGAAUUUUGGAAAAGUAUAUAUUUUUAGUGAAUAAAACAUUAUUAGAAACACAUAA